AUGUCGGAGGAGCCACCUGUCACCGGAAGCGGGACAAGCGUGGGAAGCCAAACGAAGCCUGAGGCAGAGCACACUGCGCAGGCAGAGAGAUCAGAGACACAGGGCCAAGAGAGCAAGUCGAAGCUCAAGUCAGGAGCGGUUACAAAGGGGCGCAAGUCUGGCAACCGGCCGAAGAAACCCCUCCGAACCGAGACAGUUCGGAACGGGCUUGUCAGGCAAGCCGGCUCUGGAGGCCCUCAUGGCUUCUUGCACGAUGGAGGCUUAGCUCUACCAGAGUCGAUGUAUCUGCAGUGGAUGCAUGGGCCUUGGGCGCCGUGGCCGCCUUUGGGUGCGCCUUGCCAUCCUUUGGGCCUUCGUCCAUUUUCACAGGUGCAGUACCCAGCUGUAGCAGAGGUGGCUUUUCGACAGUUCGGAAGUGCACAUUCAGGAGUGCCGGCUUCAAAGGCAUCGCAACCGCAAAGCUUCGUGCAGACCCAGUGCCCCCCAGUGCUGCAGUGCUUACAUCAGUUGGCCCUGACAAGUGGACAGCAGCCAUCCCCGGCAUGCCCAUCAAGUCACACAUCUCCUGCGUCCGUGUGGGAAGUAUUUGUUGGCAAUCAGGAGAAGUGCUGUACUCCGAGCGAAUCCUGGAAGUUUCCAAGCUCUUCCAAUCCACAGAACUCCAUUGAGGGCCUGCUGAGACAAUACCUGGUCUCGUCAAAUAUGCUGCGCAAAGACAACUUGACCAACUGCGAAGCUGCCUCAGAAUGCAGCACAGCAGAUACGACCUCUUCGUGGACAGCAUUUCAUGCGGACGACGUAGCUUUGGCCGAACAAAUUGCGGCCGUUCUGAUGGACCGUGAAAAUGUCAGCUUGCCGGGCACCGCCGAUGCAUCGCCGUCAAUCGUGCCAAGCUGA